AUGGCUUGUCGGGACUGCACUAGGAAAGGAGGAUGCGUAUACACGACGUUCUGGGUGAGUAUUCCUUCAGUUCUGCAUAAUAAAUCACGAAAAAGCUGGUGUCCUUUCGAAAUAGCGCGCAGAAUCAUCCGUUCACUUCAUAAGAUUAAUGAAGCAGAAUGCCAGUACGAAAAUGAAAGAUCUGGAACGCAGGCAGAAAGAAUAAUUAAAUGGGUGAAGAAAAAAAUAGGAAAACGAGGGAAAGAGGAGGAAGAAUCGAGGGCCUAAUGAAAAGGCGAAUCGGUUUUCCGCCUUGAAAUUGAAUUGUGCGCCCCGGGUCGGGACACUGAUUCAAUUCGAGAGUUCUCCGUUUUGCCAGCCCGCCCAAAAAGACGCAAUCAUCGCGAAUGCGUUGAGAUGAUAACGAUCGGUACGACGAAACCGAAUUGAUAUCUGUUGCGGCCGAACAUGACCCAAAUUGAAUUCUGACUAUUCUCUACUAAAACUGUCUGUGUUUACCGGGGCCGCCCGGCCGCUCACUCGAUUUUGUUAUUUCCUUUGACGGCGACGACAAAUAACUGCCUACUUACCUUCUGAUUCGAGGUUUUUUUUCGUGAAAACGGCCGCGCCCAAUGUUUGAAAUACUUGACAAAGUCAGGUACAAAAUUGAUGAUAUUCUACUGAAGCAUAAAGUGGGGAAAUGUUGAGAAUAAAAGCUGAAAAUAUAAAAUUACAGUUGGUGCGCUUCCUUCCCGUCGUCAUUGUGACAAUAGCCACCGGAUGGGGCGUCUACGCCUACACUUAUGAGCUCUGCUUCCGUAAGUGUUUCUGGAAAAGAUUGGGACGUCAUCUGAACGAUUUCAGUGUCCAUCGACAAUUGGCCACAACGGAUUCUUUACCUGCUUGUCUUCUACACUUUGCUCGUGCUCUAUUACACUUCCUACUUGCGAACGAUAUACACGAAAGCGUGGAAACCUCCGCAACGAGUGAGUUCUAGAUACUUUCCUCAUAAUUCACUCGCUUUUUACAGUUCUUCAUCGAGGGAGCCGACAAAGCGAAUUACGACCAAGUGCGAGACGAUGAGCGGCAGCUACAACUCUUCCUUUCCGAUAUUGUCCGUCAGCGAGAUCUCACUCUGCUCGUCCGCGGCUUCGAUCACGGCAUCCGCUUCUGCGACAAGUGCUGCUGCAUCAAACCCGACCGAUCUCAUCACUGCUCGAUGUGCGAACAGUGUGUUCUGUAAGAAAAGAGCCUUCCGAUUCCUUUUCAACUAAAUGUUUUCCAGAAAGUUCGAUCAUCACUGUCCGUGGGUGAACAAUUGUGUCAACUUCGGCAACUACAAGUAUUUUAUCCUGUUUCUCGCGUACGGCUUCAUCUUCUGCCUAUGGAUAGGUGCCACGACGCUUCCCUCGUUCAUAGACUUCUGGAGACAUGAGUACGAUAUUAACAAAAAGGCAAGUGACUGACAGUCCGGUAGAGCGAAAAGUGUUUAUCAAGUAUUGUGGUGACUUGAGGAAAAGGCGCUGUCUUUUUAGCAGUACGAGAGCAUCGACUCGGUCCUCUUCCGUCUCCUCAGCCAAAUUCACGACGUCCUUGUACGGUCCCUCCCCCUCUAACAUUUUUUUGGCAGAUAAGUUUUACCUCAAACAUUGGUGGAAUUCUUUCAGAACGGGCGCUUCCCCCUCGUCUUCCUUCUGUUCCUUUCGUGCAUGUUCUCGCUCUCCCUCUCAUUUCUCUUCUUCUAUCAUCUUUAUCUAACGUCCAAGAAUCGUACGACUGUCGGUGAGUUGCACCUUCUUCCGUGCACGUUCCCGUUGAUAUCAUUUUUUUUCAGAAUCCUUCCGCGCUCCAAUGAUAGACGGCAAGUACGCAAAAGACGCGUUCAACCAUGGAAUCCGAGCAAACUAUCGUGAAAUCUUCGGAUCGAACCCUUGGUUAUGGUUCCUGCCCGUCCCCAGCUCGUAAGUUUGCUAUCCCAUAUUUUGUUGCACUCGAAUGGAAUGGCCGUAGUGCUGUUUUCAGUUUCUAUCUCAAUCAGCCAUAGCAACGCCUCGUUUUCAAGCGUAUUCCGAUCUAACCUCACCUCGCCUUCUCCUUCUCCCUCUUCUUCUUUCUCCACUCUUGCCCCUUCUCCAACAACUCCUCGCUCACCCGUUUCCCUUCCAUUUCUGUAAUCGUUUCAGACAAGGUGACGGCGUCAAGUACAAGCUGAACGACGUGUUCGCCUCGCAUUCCAACCACGUCUUCGUGGAAUUGGGAUGUCUUCCGGCCACCGCGAACGGAGUUCAUCCGCCAAUUUCACAGCAAAACGAGGAACGAUACGGAGAGCAGCACGCGGAAGAGACGAAGACAGAGUCGGCGGAAAAGGAGAGGUCAUCGACGUCGCCGCCGCAUGGUUUAUAUUUUCGACUUCAGUUUCAUUCCGUUCAAAGUGCAACCGACUUCUUCUUUAGUGAUUCGCCCGCCGGCUUACGUUUGAAAACGAGUGCAUGCGUUUGACGGAGAAGACAUUUUGACUAAUAGAAUUGACAAAAAAAUUCCAUUUCUCUUCGCAAUGCCUCAAUUUUACAGACUCGGUGACGGCGUAG